AUGCUGUGCAAACUUUGCUUCAACAAGGGCAAGGGCACAGAAUUCGAGUGCAAGUUGUUAUAUAAGAUAGGAAAGCCGUACCUUUUGGUUGCACUGCUGGACUGUCUUAGUGCACCAUUGCACACAGCGAAAAGGGAGCAGACGGAGUCCGAAGUACCGUUUUUGCUAGAACUGUUCACAGACUCACUUCAUUGCAAGUGGACCAUUGCCACUAUCCAGAUGAUCUGGCCACGCGGUGCAGAAGAUGGCAUACAGCAUACAUUGGCAUACUGUUUAGGGCGUUUCAUCGGCGUCCUGAAUUUGCUCAAAUCAGGGCAUUGA